AGAGUCAUAGACAAGGAAAAGUUACCUAUUAUGGCUGGGGAAAUGGAUAUCUGUCAAGUAGAUUACCAUACUCCCUACACACAGUAUAUGUAUUGUCACCUUCUUCUGGCAUCUUCCUCUGGUUCUAGGUAUGUUCUUGAGGGAAGGAAGACCAUGAAUCCUUAUCUGUUUCCACUACAUGCUUGGAGGGAUAUGACACCAUUACAUGUGACACUCAGAAGAGUAGGUGGGAACUUGUCUGCAGAUGAAACAAUGAAUUUACAGGGAGAGCUUAGAAUUUCCAUGAUUGACUCACUGAAGAGUCUUGUAAGCCUUGAAGGAAAUGGAAGAAGAAGGUUCAGACAUCUUUUUCUGCAGACUCUAUUGAGAACUUACAUUUUUCAGGUACCAUGAGGAAGUCACAGGGAUCAUGCCCUUAAUGUUCUGGACAAGUCUUAUCCAAGCAGUACUCUUCAUGAAAUGAGAACAGAAGAUGUACAAAUUAUCAGCUGCAGGCAGUGGAAAAGUAACAGUCAAAGAAGAGGGAAGCAUUUGGGAGGAAGAAAACUAAAUCCUGUUCUUCUUCUUAAUGGACAUUCUACUGAGAGUUACUAUCUGUCAAUAGAACCAAAUGAUUUAGUCAGAACUUUAUUGGAAGAAGGGCUUGAGAUUCAUAUCUGCAACUCUGGAUUCAUAGUGGACAGCAGUGGAAAAUAUUCAUAUCUAAUCCAUCCAGAGAGAAUGGCUCUGUCAACACUAUACGUCUCGGGGGUACGCAGCCUUGUGACUCCUGAGACAUCUUUUCUAGCCAACAAGUACAUGAAACUGCAUCAACCUGGUUUUAGACAUGAAAGGGUUGUUGUGGAGGGUUUUGGACAUUCAGAUUUAUUGAUUGGAGAAGAGUCUCAUGCGAAGGCUUUCCCUCACAUUUUAUCCCACAUAAGAUUAGCUGAACAAGGUAAGAACAGUAUGACAAAUUCCGAGGGAAAGGCAUACAGCAGAGAGGCUCCGGAGUAUCAUUCAAAUUGUGUACACUUUCAGUAAAAGUUUCAUUUGUAGAAACACUGGACAUCGUGACAGUUUGGCCGAGUGGUCCAAGGCGCCAGAUUUUGGCUCUGGUCCGAAAGGGCGUGGGUUCAAAUCCACAGCUGUCAAGCUUUUAGGCCACUCUUUUUUUAUGUCAGGUCUUUUGUAUUUUACAUUUAUAUUUAUAGAUUAAACUGAUGUGCAAUGCUGUUCUUUGCAGAGGAUGUCACCCCAAUCCCCACUGACAGCACCUGCAGAAAGGGUGGCAGGCGUGGAAGAGGCUGUGAUUCUUUGCUUCAUAUCUGUUCUUCAGCUGCCAUCGUGAUACUGAGAUAUCUAUUAGUCUGUCCUUUUUGUGCUAGUUAAAAUGCAAAGUAUGAUAUGAUUGCACAUUUGUAGUGCUGAAUUGGUUUUGGUUGACAUUGACAUCUGAGUUUACAUAGAACAAAAGUUGGCUUGUCUAUUUACCACCAUUUUCAAGCGCUUCUAUUUCAAUUCGUCAUUUGGUUUUUCAUACGCAUUGAGUUUACGCA